ACACGUCAGUGGGCAGAGCAGUUCCACCCAAAUCCACACUUCCUCAUAUCUUUCUCACCGACAACAGAUAGACACAUAGAAACGGUUUAGUCCGCGUUUGUAAUAUAUUAAAUAUUUAUAAACAAAAAUAAAAAACAAGGAUACCACAAACUUUCGAGGGUUAGAACUAAAGCCGUUCCUCGUGCACGCGGUGGAAAAUCCCUCAGUUCGGUAGCAGCUGCUCUCCGGAGUCGUGUGUAUUACUGGCGGAAGGCGGGUUGUUCUUAUUUUUAUUAUUUUAGAGGUGUUUCAAAGUUUGGCACGAGUAUAAACCGAGAGUUUGGCUUCCGCUUGUGAGCGUUUACAAAUAUUAAGAAGAAGAAGACGUUACAGAAAAAAGAAGACGCCAUGGUGCUGAAAUCAGAGGACGGUGUCGUGCCCGACGACCUCACACCUGAGGAGCAGCAGGAGCUGGAGAACAUCCGGCGGCGCAAGCAGGAGCUGCUGGAGGACAUUCAGCGUUUAAAGGAUGAGAUAGCCGAGGUGACCAGCGAGAUUGAGAACCUGGGCUCCACUGAGGAGAGGAAAAACAUGCAGAGGAACAAGCAGGUGGCAAUGGGCCGCAAGAAGUUCAACAUGGACCCUAAGAAGGGGAUUCAGUUCCUGAUUGAAAAUGAUCUUUUGAAGAACACCAGCGAUGACAUUGCUCAGUUCCUCUACAAGGGCGAGGGCCUGAACAAGACAGCAAUUGGGGACUACCUCGGAGAGAGGGAUGAGUUGAACCUCAAGGUGCUGCAUGCGUUUGUGGAGUUGCACGAGUUCACAGAUCUGAACCUUGUUCAAGCUCUCAGGCAAUUUCUUUGGAGCUUUAGACUGCCAGGCGAGGCACAGAAGAUUGAUCGGAUGAUGGAGGCUUUUGCCCAGCGCUACUGCCAAUGCAACCCGGGAGUCUUCCAGUCCACCGACACGUGCUACAUCCUCUCCUUCGCCAUCAUCAUGCUGAACACCAGCCUUCACAACCCCAAUGUCAAAGACAAGCCCACCGUGGAGCGCUUCAUCUCCAUGAACAGAGGCAUCAAUGACGGUGGUGACCUACCAGAGGAGCUGCUACGAAACCUGUAUGAAAGCAUCAAGAACGAGCCUUUUAAAAUCCCAGAGGAUGACGGCAAUGACCUCACACACACAUUCUUCAACCCUGAUCGGGAAGGCUGGCUCCUGAAACUGGGAGGUGGACGCGUCAAAACCUGGAAAAGACGAUGGUUCAUUCUCACAGACAAUUGCCUUUACUACUUUGAGUACACUACAGACAAAGAACCCAGAGGAAUCAUUCCUUUGGAAAACCUGAGUAUCCGAGAAGUGGAGGACAAGAAACCGAACUGCUUUGAGCUCUUCAUCCCAGACAAUAAGGAUCAGGUGAUUAAGGCGUGUAAGACAGAGGCAGAUGGACGUGUGGUGGAGGGCAACCACACAUUUUACCGCAUCUCUGCUCCCACCACUGAGGAGAAGGACGAGUGGAUGAACAGCAUCAAAGCGGCGAUCAGCCGAGACCCGUUCUACGAAAUGCUGGCUGCCAGGAAAAAGAAAGUCUCCUCUAUGAAAAGGCACUAAAUCUGCUCAGGGUGAUUUAGGGCUGUGUGAAUGAUCCCUUAUUAGGAGAGAACUGACACCUGUAUUGGGAGGAUGAGACUGGUCUCCUUCCCAUUGUCUGACCCCCCUUCCUCUUUGUGUUUUUUUUUUUUUUUUUUUCUUUUUUUCUUUUUUUUUUGUAUGUUGGGCAGAAUGGGGAAUGAGGGCUAAAAAGCCAAGACUAGGUUCUGUAGUGCCCAGCAGGAACUGUGCCUCCACUCCUCUUCCCUCACCUCUCCGUGUGUGUGUGUGUGUGUGUGUGUGUGUGUGUGUGUGUGUGAGAAGGACAUUCUGUUUCAGUUUGUUCUUUUGAAAAUCCCCAAAGAAUCAAUCUCAGUCCUAAUGCUAAACCAAAAUGCACACUUUCUCUACCCUGUUUGUAUUUACAUUCUAUCCUGAAUCUUUAUAUCACUUUCUCUCUUUAUAUCACAUAAAACAUGUCUUAAACACACACACACACACACACACACUUGUUUAAUCAGCAGGUCUGACAGAAUGUGGGUUACCAAAAAAGGCCUCUCCUUGAUUUCAAAAAGCAGGAAAGACCUUCCUUGUACGCUUGUCUUUGUUAUGUACAGGGCAAUAAGUGUAUUUUUUACAUUUCUAUAUCCUCUGUAUAUUCUCUUUCUUCUUUUGUCGAUUUGAUAAAUAUCAUUGGAAGGCGCCAAAUGGCUUUCAUUAGAAACGAACGAGGAGGUGUUCAGUGUAUGCAUUUUAUGAUGUGGGGGGGAGAUUAAUUUACAGAUACACUAUCUGGACAAAAGUAUGUGGAAACAUGACCAUCACACCCACAUGAGUAUUGUUUUUCCCCUAGCUGUUACCACACAUUUGUAAGCACACCAAUGUCUAGAAUGUCUGUCUGCUGUAAAAUUUUCCCUUCACUGGAACAAAGAAUCUCUGGGCUUGUCGACUGAACCAUUAGUGCCCUUGCUCUUGUAUUUGAAUGGGCAUAAAUCCUCAAUGGCCUUGGAUUUGGAUUGGGAUGUUCAGCAGAAGAAUGUGAGAAUGUGUCCACAUACUUUUGGACGCAUGGUGUACUUGAAGCUAGGAACGCUGGUGUUGGUUGUGUGCGUGUGUGCGUGUGCGUGUGUGUGUGCGUGUGUGUGUGAGCGCUACUCCAGCUUCCUGUAUGCUAAAUGGCCAAACUGUUCUAGGAAUGGCACUUCUACUCGUUUGGGCUGCUGAUGAAUAAAUGUGUCUGUGUCGCGUUGCAAAAAAGUGCAGGUUUUAGAGUCCCAGACUGUCUAAUAUUUAAAUUUAUGAAUAGAUGUCACGUUCAGAGUUGAAACCCAAGUCAAUCUGACGUCCUCACAGAUAUACAGUAGGACUUGCUGCACCUUUAUUGAAUUCUCAUGUCUGAAGUAAUGUGUGCUCUAAAAAGCUCAUUGACAGGAAUACAUUCAGAGCGCAUGCUUUAACUUCAUUUUUCUUUCCUUUCUGUUUCCUUCUUUUACAAGUUUUUCUAAGCUAGCAGUUUCCAAUCUCUGAGCAAAGUCAUACAUCUGAGCAUUGAGUAUUGGGUUAUUUAUCAAGGAUGUAUAUACUUCAGUGUAUAGUAAAUAUCUUUCUGCAUUUUAUAUAAAUGUGUGUGUAGCAAAUACAUUAUUAGCUGGGUGCCAUUUUUUAUUUGUAUUUUUUUCAUGUUCAAAGUGUAUCUUAGGCCUCCCAGGUGUGUGUGAGAUCAGCCAUUUUUUGUAAAAAAAAAAACAA